AAUACACAGUCAGUGCGAAGGGAGAAGAAAACGUAGAAGAAGCGUACGUUCCCUGCUGCCUUGGUGGUGUUCGUAUCCGUGUACGAUUUCGUUCCGAUUAUCGGUGAGAUUUGCAACGAAUUUACGAAACAAUCUCCGUCCCCGUUCCGACCCCGUUCGCGUUCACCGCCCACCGUCGCGGGGACACUGGACGGGUGUUUGCGUGGGUCCGUUGUUUUGGCACGGAUUUGCCACGCUUCCCCUGCGUGCGCUUCGGGCUGAAGGGCCGCCCCACACUGUCGAGAGCGAGAGAAGGAGGGCCUUGGAACGUACGAGCACGACGACGACGACGACAAUACGGGAAGAAGUAGGUUUGCCUCGAGUCCCGCAGCCGUACGCGACGGACCGUCGUGUGGCCAGUCUCCUUCCGGAAAGUGCCUCCUCGCUGCCUACGUGUGUCCCCGACUGGUGGUCCGUGUGAAUGUCGUCUGGCAGCAGCAACGUACGGUGGUAGUGUCUGUGUUUCGUCGCUUUGAGCACUACCGUGGUUGCAGCAGCAGCAGCAGCAGCACCCUCCUUGGUUGGCACACUUUGUUUCCGCUGUACCCGAUCCGCCGAGUGACGCCUGCCCUGCCCCCGACGCGCAGCCAACAUGUUUAACAAUUACGGCAACACGAUGGCCUCGGACCCGUUCCGGAAGGUGGAACAGUACUCGCCCAAAUCGUCGCCCCGUGCUGGAGGGGCCGGGGGCCGAUCGCCCGUCGUCGCCCGCCAGGACUCCUCCGGCACGCUCAAAACGACGAUCCAGCUAGGCAAAAACCCCUCGAUACUGCACAGUGGACCGUUUUACUUAAUGAAGGAACCGCCAGGGGAAGGCGAACUAACAGGAGCCACGAAUCUGAUGGCCCACUAUGGCUUAGAGCACUCGUAUAGUAAAUUUAGUGGUAAAAAGGUUAAGGAACAGCUAUCAUCAUUUCUCCCGAACUUACCUGGCGUCAUCGAUGGACCGGGACACCUCGAUAACAGUUCCCUGCGAAGUGUGAUCGAAAAACCACCGAUCGUGGGCAAAGAACUGCUUCCACUCACCAGUGUACAGCUUGCCGGAUUCCGACUGCAUCCUGGACCGCUUCCGGAGCAGUACAAACACUUAAAAACCGCACCAACUAGAAAGCAUAAGAAUAAGCAUAAGAAACACAAACACAAGGAUGGCGUGGCGCCACCGGAACAGUCCGCGCUCGAGGCGGCCGGGCUGGACACGCACGAGAAGAAGCACAAAAAGCAGAAAAGGCACGAGGACGACAAGGAGCGCAAGAAGCGGAAAAAGGAGAAAAAGCGCAAAAAACAGCGCCACAGUCCGGAGCAUCCGGCGGGUGGUGGGGGUGGUACCGCCUCGGUACCACCGCAAACGCAAGUCUAUUAGGAGAAGGUGCAUAUGGAUGGAGGGCUGGUCGUUAUUGGAGCGAGGGAGAGAGAGGGGGUGGCUUUUUGUACUACCAGUACCACCACCGUGUCACCGUGGCAGCAAAAACAAAAACACAAACCGUUCAUACACACACACACACACACACACACACACACACACACACACACCGGGGAGAAGCCGAAACGAACCAAAUCACUGUGGAGAUAAAGAAGGGAAACCUUUAUCAAGAAACCACCGCGGAACACACCACCAUCCCUAUUCCUCGGCUCGUGCUCCUAAACCGGCACAUGAGCGGGUGCGUUUUAAGCCGGUGGGAGGGAGAGAAAGUGAGAACACGACUUCCAAAACAGGAAUCUAGGCUUAAUCUAGGUCAGGAACGUCGCGUCGCGGGAGAAAGCGCGCAUUAAUGAAGGUUUCCGCCCGGUGGCAAAGGGUUUCCCCGUCGGUGUGGACUAUUUUACAAACAAACAAAAAACACAACAAAUUGCCUUCCUUCUCCACCCCAGCACAGCGUGUAAAGUGACACAAAAAAAGAAAGCGAUGAGUCGUGUGGCUUACACACACACACAACCACAUUCACACAUCUAAAGAGCGGGAUCGAUCCGGGAAAUCUGCAAGUUUUGAGAGAUGAUCCCGCGAAAUCGCUCCUCACACAUACACAGAUCCUUCGAUUAAGCCUACCUAACAUUAGUGCCACUGGAUGGGGAGAGAUAGAGCGAAAGAGAGAGAAUGUUGUAUAUCAGAGGACGAGGAAAGCAGCGGACACUCACUGCAAGAUGCAUCGAAACUGUUGAAUCUUUUGAGGUGAAAAAGCGAAGCAAAGAUAGGAAAACAUUAACCCGUACUUCCACUUGCCGUAGGAUUUUUUUUUUUUAAAUUGAGCUGAGGGAAGAGGGAUUUGCAAGUUGUACACUUGUUUUACUCCUUUCUGUUUUCUUAUCAUUACAGGGUUUUCCAAGGGUUCCCAUAGUUGUGAGACGCUUCCUUUAUUCAUUCCUAUUGGAACUUCAUACGUUGAAAAUUGGACUCUAUCGCGCCUUGGAAAUUCCUAUUGGAGAUGUCCAUCAAGGGUGCUAUAGAGUCCAAUUCCCAUUACAUUAAGUUCAUUUACCGUAAGAAAGAGUCAAGAAAGUGUCCCGCAGCUAUGAGAACUGUAAGGUACACUAACUCCAAAGCUCACCACCAAGGCACCAUCUACCACAGCCCAUACCAUGUUUUGUUGAUUAUGUGUAAUAUAUUCGUGUAAUGCAUCUCCCACACUUCCCUUCCAAAGUCCUCCUGCUAAAAAUGCACACUCCACUGAGUGUUUGUGGGACGCUCGUUGCGUGGCGUUCCCGUGUUUUUUUUUUUUUUUUUAUAAUCCCACAAAUCUCCCUUCUCUGUGUCCGCAACUCCUUAUUAGCAACCCAGCACGUUGCACUUUGGAGGCACUACGUAAUUUCGUUUUUGUUCCGCUACUAUCGACUGUACAUUAUUGAGUAAGGCAGCAGCAAGCAAGCAAAUCCGUUAUCCGUUAAGGUGUACUGGAGAUGGGAAAGCGUAUUAAUAUUAAGCGUUUUUUUUCUUGUUUCGUUUGCAUCUUCUAUUUGCGGCACAUUGAAGUGUGACAUCGACAGGAUCUUGUUUAGGGAAAGGAAAGGGAUUUUUUUGGAGAAUUAGGAACAACAUUCGCAACGGAUAAGAGAUGGUGCAGCGAAAGGGGAAGAAAGAGUGUGUGAUUUGUGAAUGGUGCGGUGUGCGGUUGCAAUAUCCUGGUGCCUGGACGGGGUUGAACUGUGUAUAAAGUACUGAAACGCGAGCGAUAGUGAAAGAGCGACAAUAGUGCCCUUUCGAUACACCCGCUUAAUCGUAACAUAAGCAAACAAACGGUUUGUGUGUAAGUGGGUAAAAACUCAAAGGAAUGAAUACCACAAUGGAGGGGGAUAAAUUGUUACACAAAAGCGAAAAACCAUAAACCAACACGAAAACAGAAAUUCAAGUAGGGAAAUUUAGUUCUUAGCGGAGUAAUCAAGGGAGGGCACUCACCGGGGAGUUUUUCUUUCCGUUUUGUUUGCGCAAUGUCUGAACGUUCUUGUGCAAGUGCGUUUGCUGUGUGUGCAGCAGUGUGCAUUAGUAGAAGAAAGUGUGUGUGCGUGUGUGUAGACUGUCAACCAUUUCAAGGGAAAGUCAAGCAAGUGUCCUCUUGGUGCACCUAAUCUGCUACCUUCUUGUCCUUGGUAUAGAUGGAGUCAAUCCAGCAAAGACUUCAGCAGUGCCUAUACAGUUGGGUAGUGGAAGGAAGUGGUACUAAGCGCGGCAUUAUGGGAAAGCCAAAGCAAUGAAACGGCGAUAACGGUUUUAAUGAGGGUAAACAGAACGAAUGAUU